CUCAGAAUUAGACUUACAGUAAGAGCUGAAGUAACAGUUGAAGUUAACUGUAUUUGAGCAGAAGUGUGUCAAGAUGGACAAUGAUGAAAAUACAUAUGCCAAUUCAAGUUCCUUCAGGGCCAGCCCAAGAGAAGGAGCAAUAUAUUUCCAGAGGUGGAAGAGACCCUCCAGAGCUGCUGCAGUGUGUCUGGGGCUGCUGUGUGUUCUCCUACUUGCUGGGAUCAUAAGCCUGUCUGUCUACCAGAGAAUCCAAUCGACCAGUUACAACAACCUGACUAAAGAGAGAGACCAGCUACAGAAGGAGAAAGAAAACCUGAACAAGAAGAUCAAAGGGAGACGCUGUCCAGAAGGCUGGAGGGAGUUUGAAUUCAGCUGUUACUACAUCACCAAUGAGAAAAAAACAUGGACUCAGAGCAGUGAAGAAUGCCAAGAGUUUGGAGCAGAUCUGGUGAUCAUAAACAGCAAAGAGGAACAGGUAUUUAUCAAUGGAUUAUACCAAACAAAAAAUAAUGUCUGGAUUGGUCUUACUGACUCAGUUACUGAAGGGACCUGGAAAUGGGUGGAUGGUACACCACUGACCACAGCGAAUUGGGAGAGAGGGCAGCCCAACGGCAACAAUGGAACAGACCAGGACUGUGGGGAGUUUGUAUAUCAUCCAACUAGUCAAGGGUGGUGGAAUGAUGAGAAAUGUUCCAAUAAACAAAAUUGGACUAUGGUGAUGGUCUGAAGAUUGGAUGUUUUUUGGUAAAAUAGUAAAUUGCAUUAGACUAGGGAGAGAAAGGCACAGGCAUGCACACACAGUUACCAUUUCACACAAUGUGUAUAUCAUUCAAUAAAUUACUUUAAGUUUUAGUUAUCCACUCAUUUGAAAUUAAUGAUAUAUUACUAUUGUGAAAUAUUAUUGUUCAUUUUGCUUCCAUUAUGCCCUACAUUAAGGUGUAUUUUCUGCUUAUUCAAUAAACUGAACAAAAACA